CGUGGGUUUAGUUAAUAUUCAAGAUAGGGCUCGGUUAUCAAUGGCAGAAGAUGCAAUAGACGGUGGAGGUCUUGAUGUCCUCGAGCGGCAACGUCGAGAAGCAGAGCAACAAGAGCCUCCGAUAAUUGAGAUGUUCAACCUCUUCCCGCAUGAAAGCGGUAUAGUGAUGAGACGGGGAGUGGAGCUGGGCAUAAUUUGCAGUGCUGUACUCAUCGCCCAUUGCGUUUAUCUCAUCAUGUUUUACUGGCCAACAGAGGGUCUGAUGGAGAGCGACUUGUCGUUUUUCGACAGACUCCUCCUACUCCUCUGCGUUAUACGUGUAGUAGCUGCAGUGCCGCGACCAUUCUUCUGGUUCAAGACCAGAAAGCUCUUUGUCGAGGCGAGAUAUGAGCCAACACCUCAGUUGGUGGCCCAGCGUCUUAUCGACAUAUACUUCCAUCCCUUCCGAGUUGAACGGUGGUUGCUCUGGAGUUACUACAUCUGGUUGGGCUUCGUCGUAGCCCUCCUGUGGCUCACACCAAACUCCGUAUCGGGGCCCUCGCAAUUGGCCAGAGCUUUGUGGAAGCACGUGAUGAUGAACUUAGCGUCAAUCAUACUCCAUCGAGUUGUAUGCGUGAGCCUUUUUUAUUGGCUCAUGGAGUCGGAUUUCAAGCGCGGAAUUCCUGCUGAUGUGUUAGACAAAUACAGCAAGGUGGAGACUUUUUCACCGGGGUAUUCAUUGUCACCUUGCCGUUACGCUAAUAAGCAUUUUAUAUACAAUUCUGGUGAAUGCGCGAUCUGCUACUGUGCUUAUGAGAAGGGGGAGCAUGUCCGAGUGCUGUGCUGUGGCCACUCCUUCCACACUGAUUGUGUUGAUACAUGGCUAAUGGGCCAUCAAAAUAGAUGCCCUUUAUGUCUAGGAGUGGUUGGUCCUGCUUUUGAUGAUAAACUAGAGCGACAUGUAACCCACUGUCAGGCUGGCAGACCCGGUGAUUGAUCUGAUGAGCGAUCCAGUUCCAUACUUCUGGUAUUUUUGUACGAUGAAAAAGGCAGUAUAUUCGCCUUAUGUUACUAUGACCAUCUUCUUA